CCGGGUGGAUGUGCUCGGCGCUCCGCGGCUCUCUGGCUGCGCGCGCAGGCGGUGGGCCUUUCGCUUCCGGCCGCGGCGGCCUCGGAGCUGGCCAGAGGGACCCCGGCGGCCUGCCUCCCCGAGCGGCAUGCGGCGCUGAGGCGCGGUGGACCCCGCUGCGCCAUGAACCUCCUGCCCUGCAACCCGCACGGCAACGGGCUGCUCUACGCCGGCUUCAACCAGGACCACGGGUGCUUUGCGUGUGGGAUGGAAAAUGGAUUCCGAGUCUAUAACACCGAUCCACUAAAGGAAAAAGAGAAACAAGAAUUUCUAGAAGGAGGAGUUGGCCAUAUUGAAAUGUUAUUUCGCUGCAACUAUUUAGCUUUAGUUGGUGGUGGAAAAAAGCCGAAAUACCCUCCGAACAAAGUGAUGAUCUGGGAUGACCUGAAGAAGAAGACUGUGAUUGAAAUAGAAUUUUCUACCGAAGUCAAGGCUGCCAAAUUACGGCGAGAUAGAAUUGUGGUUGUUUUGGACUCUAUGAUCAAGGUGUUUACAUUCACACACAAUCCUCAUCAGUUGCACGUCUUUGAAACCUGCUAUAACCCGAAAGGCCUCUGUGUCCUGUGCCCCAAUAGUAACAACUCACUCCUGGCCUUCCCGGGCACGCACACGGGCCACGUGCAGCUUGUGGACCUGGCCAGCACCGAGAAGCCGCCAGUGGACAUUCCUGCCCAUGAGGGCGUCUUGAGCUGCAUUGCUCUCAACCUGCAGGGAACAAGAAUUGCGACCGCAUCUGAGAAAGGGACCCUUAUACGAAUAUUUGAUACUUCAUCAGGGCAUUUAAUCCAGGAACUACGAAGAGGAUCUCAAGCAGCUAAUAUUUAUUGCAUUAACUUCAAUCAGGACGCUUCUCUUAUCUGUGUGUCCAGUGACCACGGCACGGUGCACAUUUUUGCAGCUGAAGAUCCAAAAAGGAAUAAACAAUCAAGUUUGGCAUCAGCCAGUUUCCUUCCAAAAUACUUCAGUUCCAAGUGGAGUUUUUCCAAGUUUCAGGUUCCCUCAGGCUCUCCAUGCAUUUGUGCCUUUGGAACAGAGCCAAAUGCUGUCAUUGCCAGACCUCCCGAGUCCAGUGUUAAAGGAAGAAUCUUCAGGGCACGUGGACACUCACGCCCAACUGCUGGCUUCACCUUUCAUUCAGCCGUGACGCUCACUUCAUUGGUUCUGCCGCAUCGGCCACCUGCAGUUGGGGCUCCGGACAAACUGGGGAUGUGGAUGUGGUAAUGAAGCCUGCAAUUAAGGUUCAGUAUUACGUGCUGCCUUAACAUUUGGUUCAGCUGGGAAGGCCUGGAAUGGCCUAACUACAAGUUCUGCUACCCACUCUACUUCCAUGGAUAAAGCCCCCCAGCCAAACAACUCUCCUUAUCAAACAGAACAGGUGCAGUUCCUGCUUAUCCCUGAGUAAGCAUUUUCAGUUCCCUUCCAGCUCAUGGGGUUAUUCAAACAAUCACAUCCUCCCGGAACGGGGUCCCCCACUGUUUUUUUUUUUUUUAAACAUCUUCAUUGGAGUAUAAUUGCUUUACAAUGGUGUGUUAGUUUCUGCUUUACAACAAAAUGAAUCAGUUAUAUAUAUACAUAUGUUCCCAUGUCUCUUCCCUCUUGCUUCUCCCUCCCUCCCACCCUCCCUAGCCCACCCCUCCAGGCGGUCACAAAGCACCGGAGCUGAUCUCCCUGUGCUAUGCGGCUGCUUCCCACUAGCUAUCUACCUUACGUUUGGUAGUGUAUAUAUGUCCAUGCUCUCUCUCGCUUUGUCACAGCUUACCCUUCCCCCUCCCUAUAUCCUCAAGUCCAUUCUCUAGUAGGUCUGGGUCUUUAUUCCUGUCUUACCCCUAGGCUCUUCAUGACAAUUUUUUUUCUUAAAUUCCAUAUAUAUGUGUUAGCAUACGGUAUUUGUCUCUCAGUCCCCAACUCUUGAUACAAAGCCUGCCUCCUGUAGCCCUAGGUUAUUCACUGUGUUCCCAAGUGACGCCCAUGUGAUCCUACUUGGCUUGCAGUGUCCUCGGAUGUGCGUAUGUGUGAUUGAUAAACUACAGUUCAUCUCAUCUGGCCAGUGUCAUAGUGUCACGUCCAGCCACCCCCAUGUACACAGGGUGGGAAUACUGCCUCCAUAAUAGGGUGAAUAGGUGGUAGGUAGAGCAACGGAGCUUAUCACAGAGAGCCCAUCUCUCAUUCCUGAUGGUGGUCAUUUGUAUCCUCUCUUUCCUCCGUCAUUCCAGUCGAAGUUAAUUUGUUGAUUUUUUUUUUUUUCAAAGAAUCAGCUUUGAUUUCAUUGAUCUUUUUUUCUCCUUAUUUAUUUUUUCAAUUUUUGCUGAUUAUUUGCUAUGGGUUAUAUUCAUUCUUUUCUAGUUUAAGGUAGAAUUGUAGGUGACUGAAUUUUAGGUUUUCUUUGUGCUAUAAAAUUCCCUAUAAACACUUUUAGCUGCAUUUCACAAAUUUGAUAUAUUUUCAUGUUCAUUCUGUUACAAUUAUUUUCUAAUUCCCUUUAAGACUUCCUGUUUGAAUCAUGGAUUAUUUCAAAAUAUGAUGUCUAAUUUCAAAACAUUUGAGGAUUUAAAAAAUAUCUUUAUUAUUGAUUUCUAGUUUAAUUCCCUAAUUGUCAAAGAGCAUACUAUGUAUGAUUUUAAUUCUUUAAAGCUUGUAAGUUUUGUUUUAUGACCCAAGGUUUGGUCUAUAUUGGUGAAUGUUCCAUGUGCAUUUGAGAAGAAUGCGUAUUCUGUUGAGUAGAAUGCUCUAUCAAUGACAAUUACAUUGACUGGUGUUGCUCAGAGCUUUUAUAUAGCCUUGCUGACUUUCUGUCUACUUAUCAAUUACCUAGAGAGGAAUGUUGAAGUAUCAAAAUGUAAUGUGGAUUUAUUUAUUUUAGUUCUUUCAGCUUUUGCUUCAUUUAUUUUGUUACGUUGUCUUGCAGAAUUGUUCCUUUUAUCAUGAUGAAAUGCCCAUCUUUAUCAGUGAUAACUUUCCUUGGUUUGAAGUCUGCUCUCUCUGAAAAUAAAGUAACUACUCCUGGGAAUUCCCUGGCGGCCCAGUGGUUAGGACUCUUGUGUUUUCACUGCUGAGGCGUGGGUUCAGUCCUGGUCAGGGAACGAAGACCCCCCCUCAAGCCGCGCGGCACCGUCAAAACAACAACAACAACAACAAAAACUACUCCUGCUUUUUUUUUCUUAUCAAUUUAUUUGUUUUUAUUUUUGGCUGUGUUGGGGUCUUCAUUGUGGUGUGCAGGCUUCUCAUUGUGGUGGCUUCUCGUGGAGCAUGGGCUCCAGGUGUGCAGUCUUCAGUAGUUGUGGCACGCAGGCUCAGUAGUUGUGGCUCGCGGGCUCUAGAGCGCAGGCUCAGUAGUUGUGGCGCACGGGCUUAGUUGCUCCACAGCACGUGGGAUCUUACUGGACUAGGGCUCAAACCCGUGUCCCCUGCAUUGGCAGGCAGAUUCUCAACCACUGUGCCACCAGGGAAGCCCCUCCUACUUUCUUUUGUUUUUGUUUUUUUUGUUUUUGUUUUUUGCGGUACACGGGCCUCUCACUGUUGUGGCCUCUCCCGUUGCGGAGCACAGGCUCCGGAUGCACAGGCUCAGCGGCCAUGGCUCACGGGCCUAGCCGCUCCGCGGCAUGUGGGAUCUUCCCGGACCGGGGCACAAACCCAUGUCUCCUGCAUUGGCAGGCGGACUCUCAACCACUGCACCACCAGGGAAGCCCCCUCCUACUUUCUUUUGAUUAGUGUUAGCAUGAUGUCUUUUUUUCCAUUAAUUUACUUUUAAUCUAUAUUAAGUGUCUUUAUAUUUAAAGUUUCUUGUAGACAACAUAUAGUUGAGUCUUGCUUUUUGAUCCACUCUGACAAUCUAUGUGUUUUAUUGGUAUAUUUAGACCAUUGAUGUUCAAAGUGAUUACUGAUAUAGUUGGAUUAAUAUCUACCACAUCUGUUAUUGUUUUGUAUUGUCCUUGUUUUUUGAAAAUGUUAUGCCUAGGUAGUUGUUUUUUGCAUUUAUCCUGAUUGGUAUUCUCUGAGCUUCCUGGAUCUGGGGGGAAAUUCUCAUUCAUUCUCGUUUCAAACAUUUCUUCUGCUCCUUUCUUUCUGGUACUUCCAUUUUCUCUAGUACUCCUGUAACACAUAGGUUAUACCUUAUGUAGCUGCCCCCACAGUCCUGGGAUGUUCUGCUUUUUAUUUUUAUUUUUCCUAGUCUUUCUUCUCUUAGCUUUUUACUUGUGAAAGUUUCUAUUGAUGCAUCCUGAAGUGCAGAGAUUCUCUCCUCAGUUGUGUCCUGUCAACUAGCAAGCCCAUCACAGACACUUCUGUUACAAUGUUCUUUAUAGUUCUUUAAGGAUUUCCGUCUCUAUGCUUACAUCGCCUAUUUGUUCUUGCAUGCUGUCUACUUUAUCCAUUAGAGUUCUUAACAUAUUAGUCCUAGUUGUUUUAGAUCCCGUCUGAUAACACCAACACCCCUGCCACGUCUGGUUCCGAUGCUUGCUCUGUCUCUACAAAUUGUUUUCCUUUUAGUUAAUACUUGUAAUUUUUUCUUGACAACUGGAUAUGAUGUACUGGAUAAAAGGAGCUGCUGUACACAGGUCUUCAGUGACGUGGUAAGGUGCGGGAUGGGGGUGGGGCAGGGCAGCGGUGUACAGUCCUAUGGGCAGGUCUCAGGGAGCCUGUGCCUCUGGGCUAUGAACUACAUAAGAGUUUCUCAGGUUUUCUUCCCUCUUAGAUGGGACAGGGUGGCUAGAGUGGGCUGGUUGGGAAUUUCCCUUCUAGGUCAGGUAGGCUCUGGUUAACUCUUUUCUCCUGAAGGCAGGCUUUGUUAAGAACGCAGUACUCUAGGGACUUCCCUGGCGGUCCAGUGGUUAAGACUUCACCUUUCAAUGCAGGGGGUGUAGGUUUGAUACCUGGUCAGAGUGCUAGGAUCCCACAUGCCUUGUGGCCAAAAAACCAAAAAACAAAGCAGAAGCAAUAUUGUAACAAAUUCAAUAGACUUUAAAAAUGGUCCACAUCAAAAAAGAACCUAAAAAAAAAGUGCUCUGGUCUAUUUCAAACAUGGUUCCUUUCCCCUCCCCUGGUUUUUUCCAAUAUUUUCUGUGAGAACCUGGUUGAGUUUCUGGAAGUAAAAUGUACAAAAGUGUGGGGAACCCCUAAGACUGGGUUCCCCUGGGGCAUUAACUCUCAGAGUUGUCCAGCAGUUGACUGCUCACAGGGGAGGUUUUUGUAGCCCAGCACCGGUCCCCGUGGUAGUCUCCACUCCUGUGUUCGCCCAUCUGUCUCUCCUAUCUUGGGGGUAGUGGUUUGCCCUGCACCCUCACCUCUCUUAGCUCCAAGACGAGUUGUUGAUUUUUGGGCUGUUGCACUAUUUAUGUGUUAGGAGGAAGUGGCAGCUUCCCAGCUCCUUACACGUGGAACCUGAAACCAAAGUCCCUGCUUCAUUUAUUUUGAGGCACUGUUGUUGGGUGCUUGGAACCCUAGGGCUGUUGUGUGUCUUGGUGCAUUGACCCUGUAUCAUUAUGUAACGUCUUUAUGCCUGAUAGUUUUCCUUAUUCUGAGGUCUACUUUGACAUUAAUAUAGUCACUCCAACUUUCAAGUGUUCGCAGGAUAUACUUUUUCUAUCCUUUUACUUUUAACCUAUCCAUAUUAUUUAAAGUAAGUUGGGUUUUAUUUUUUCAUCCAACUGACACACUCUUAAUUGGUCUAUUUAGACUAUUUAUAUUUAAUGUAAUUAUUGAUAAGAUCCUACCAUAUUAUUGUUUUUUGCUUGUCCCCUCCCCUUUGGGUUCCUGUUCUCUGCCUUCGUGUUAUUUCAAAAUAAAUUUUAGCGUUCCAUUUUAAUUUACCUUUUGGAUUUUUCCUUUACCUUUGUUUGGUAUUGGGAUUGCACUAGUGACUACAACAGACAAAGCUAGCUUUUCAGUCUACUUAAGAAUGUUUUACCACUUCAGUGUAGAAAUGUAGAGACCUACAAACCUUUGCCUUCCUCCUUUAUAUUGUACUUUUGUCAAUAUGUGUUAAGUUUACAUACACUGAAAACCCUGAUAGACAAUGUUAAAACUUUUACAUUGGAAAGUUAGAAUAUUUUAAAGAAAUUAAGAGGAAAAACUAGUUAUUAUAGUUGCCCAGAUAUUUACCAUUUCUGUUGAUCUCUUCCUUCAUUCCUGAAGUUCCAAAGUUUCUGUUGUUUACUUUUUGCCUGAAGAAUGUCCUGUAGCGUUUCUUUUUGAGCAGCUCUACUGGUUAAGAAUUCUUAGUUUUCCUUCAUCUAAGAAUAUCUUUUAAUCUGCACUCCUGAUAUUUUCUAUGGAUAUAGUAUUCUAGAUUGAGUUACCUUAAGCCUUUUACAAUUUUUCUAGUCAUAGGGCCUCCAUGGUUUCUGAUGAGAAAUUUGUAUUCAGAUUGUUACUCUGUAUGUAGUAAGUAACUUUUCUUUGGGUGCUUUCAAGAUAAAAUGUUUUCAGUGUCAGUAGCCAGUGGUGUGUCUCGACAUGGUUUUUCUUUGAGUUUAUCCUGUUUGGAGCUUUGUGAAUCUUUACAAUUAUAUCUGGGACAUUUUUAGGCAUUGUUGUUAUUAUUAUUAUUUUUAAAACACCAAUGUCUUUCUCCUCUUGCUGUGAAUUCAUUAACCCAGGGUAUAUUUGAUCUUUUUAUGUUGUCCCACAGGUCCCUGAGGCUAAGGUUCGUUUGUUUCCGAGCAUUUUUCUGUUGAUCCACCGAAUUUUUCAUUUGUUAAGUUCUAUAGCUUUCGGUUCAAGAGCAUUUGUCCUUACUUCAUGGAGUCUGGUUACAGUAAUUAAAGCCAUAGAAAGCUAAUGUCCUUUUCUGAUUAUUCCAACAUGCUUAAGUUGACAUCUCUUAUCUUUCCCCUUAAGAGAUUUUCCUGGCUCUUUGUACACUGUAAUUUUGAACUGUAUUCUGGACAUUGUUCAUUUUAUGAAGCUCUGAGUCCUGUUUAAAUCCUGUAGAGAAUGUAGAAUCUUUUUUUUUUUUUUUUUUUUUUUUU